GUGCUGUGUGCCCGCACUGAAAUCCGCUCGGCCGUGAUUGCAGGCCGGUCCCGGGCGCAUCGCCGGCGUCUGACCGCCAGCCGGGCGCUCCGGGCCGGCCCGUGAGGGACGAGCCUGCGGGUGGGGGGAUGUCCUGCGGUGCUCGGGAUGAAGUGUUCAGUGCCCGGUCGCCUCGGUUUCCGUCUAAACUUUUAUAAGAAUAAUGUUGAUAACACAGUGAUGUUUUAGCUGCUGUGAAGUGAUGCUGACCCUAAGUCAAGGAAUUUUUGAUUUCCCCUGCUCUGCCAGCAGGUCAGUUUGAUUGGUGGAUAAAGAGGGACCAUGGCAGGCAAUAACCAGCUUUGCAUUCGACGUUGGACUACCAAGAAUGUGGCCAAGUGGCUGAAGGAAGAAGGUUUCUGUGAAUAUGUGGAUGUUCUGUGCAAUAGACAUAGGCUAGAUGGAAUCACACUGCUGACACUUACUGAGUAUGAUUUACGAUCCCCUCCAUUGGAAAUCAAGGUCCUGGGGGAUAUCAAGAGACUGAUGCUGUCUAUACGCAAACUGCAGAAGCAACAUCUUGAUGUCCUGGAAGAGCUGGGUUACAACAGUGACAGUCACCUUGGCACAGUGAGCCCAGCUGGUUCCCUGCAGGGUACAGAUUGGUUUUGUAAUGGUGAAGUACCCCGGGACUAUGAUGGCCUAAUGACUGACCUGAAUGGUGAUCAGUACCAGUAUGCAAACGGAAAGAACAAACAUGCCACACGGAGACUGGACCCCGAGUACUGGAAGACAGUUUUAAGUUGUGUGUAUGUUUUCAUAGUGUUUGGCUUUACAUCAUUCGUUAUGGUUAUAGUGCAUGAGCGAGUACCUGACAUGCAAACAUAUCCACCUCUACCAGACAUAUUUCUAGACAGUGUCCCUAGGAUACCAUGGGCUUUUGCUAUGACUGAAGUAUGUGGAGUAAUUCUUUGCUACAUUUGGCUGCUGGUUCUUCUGCUUCACAAACACAGAUCCAUACUCCUGCGCAGGCUGUGCAGCCUCAUGGGGACAGUGUUCUUACUACGUUGCAUUACAAUGUUUGUUACCUCACUCUCGGUGCCAGGCCAGCACUUGCAGUGUACUGGAAAGUUGUAUGGCAAUGUUUGGGCAAAACUCCAGCGGGCAUUUGCAAUAUGGAGUGGCUUUGGAAUGACUCUGACUGGAGUACACACCUGUGGAGACUAUAUGUUCAGUGGGCACACUGUCGUACUGACCAUGCUCAACUUCUUUGUCACAGAAUAUACGCCAAGGAGCUGGAACUUCUUGCACACCUUGUCCUGGGUCCUGAAUCUCUUUGGAAUCUUCUUCAUUUUGGCUGCACAUGAACAUUAUUCUAUAGACGUAUUCAUUGCCUUUUACAUCACUACAAGACUCUUUUUGUAUUACCAUACGUUGGCUAAUACUAGAGCGUAUCAACAGAGCAGGAGAGCAAGGAUCUGGUUUCCAAUGUUUUCUUUUUUUGAAUGCAAUGUUAAUGGUACUGUUCCCAAUGAGUAUUGCUGGCCCUUUUCAAAACCUGCCAUACUGAAAAGAUUGAUUGGCUGAAGACUACGUGGGUCAGUUCAGAUUUUUAUGAAGCAUUAUGACUAAGAUCCUGCAGGGCUAGCUGGGGGGGGCGGAAGACAAAUAACAUUUUUCACUCCAUGAUCUCCUCCUCCUUGCCUUGUUUCUUAGAUUCUUAGCCAUAAAAUGGGGUUCCCAUACUUCACAGGGAUGUGCUUUGUUUUCUUUCUGUGAAAAUAGAAAACAAUGCAGGGACGGGUACAGGCUAUCAAUGAACCAUGACUAUAAACCAGAAUACUUUUACCCUUAGUAAGGUUCUCUGUGAAUGUUUGUGAAGUUUAACCUAAAUAUGUGCUCGCGUUGAAUAUAAUACACCCUUUACAGGUCCAGAUAAUCUCUGUUACCUGAAUGGCAGCCUUUAGAUAUACUGACUAAAAAAUUAGAACUUUAUGAAGUCUUUGACAAAGCAGCAUAGUUUCUUGAUGAAAGGGUCUCUUAACUGUUAAAUAACAAGUCUUAAAGUGUAAUUGACAGUCUGCAUACAGGUUGCCAAAAAUGAAAGUCUGCCUUGUGGCUAUGCAGUGAUGAUAUUUUUUUUAAUAAGAAUUUAUUUAGUCUAGUCUAUCAGUUGUCUAUAUGGUUGUUCUAUCACUUGAAAGUUUUCUCUUUUGUGUUUAAAUGAGUUAAAGUAAAUGGAACAGCCACUGAAAGUAAAGAUAACUUAGCUUUAGUGAGUUUAAAGCCACAAAGUAACUUUUGUGUGGUUUUAAUUGCUUUAUCUCCAAACCUGUGCAUGCUUUUCAGGAACAGCUCUUUCACAUUGGAAAACCAGAACAAUUGUCUUCGUGUAUCUUACUGUCCCAUAAAUGGAUGGGAAAAAUGCAUGUAGUAACUCUUUCGGGAAAAGUAAUAAUAGUGAGUGUUGGAUAUAGUGCUCAUAUUGAUGUAUGUUUUAGCACUCUGGUGUCAACAAUAUGGUGAAUAUCUCUAGAUAUAUUUAUGCACAGUAUAUUUGUUUAUAUAUAUAAACACACAGUAUAUGUUUUUCUAACAAGUAUGAAAAUAGACUGGUUCUUAAAUUAAGUUGCUCAUUUACUAUCCUGAAAGAGAAAAGUACCAAGGUUUGCUUGUUAAAGAAAACAAACCACAACCCACCACAAAACAUCCUCCAAACCCUCAAACCAACACUCCAAGUCUGUAAUGCAUAAGCAAGGACACACAGCUGGUGAUCUGUUAUGUGGAUUGUAAGGGGACAAUACUAAUGUUGGCUAUUGAGCUGUAGGCUGCUAAAUGAAAACUGAUAGGUACAAGGAACAGAUCAUAAAAUGGUAUAGACCUUUUAAUUUGAUUAUUGCAAUUUCAGGAUAGGUGAUAUGUGCAAAAGGUGGUGUAAGUCAGCUUUAGUUGAGUUCCAGCUUGGUACAAGCUGACUUAAUAAGUGCAACGUACUUGUGUGUGCAUGGAAAUGAAUUCACUUGGAAUUUGCCAGACAGUUUUGUAUUCGGAGGUUUGUAACCUACUGAGGGCUGCUCCUUGCUGUAUUGUGUUCCUUUUAUAAACCUCGAUUGUACUAACUUGACUGUCUUACAGUCUUCAUAGUAUAUUACUUUUGUAAAUUACUUUAGCUCCUGUUCCACAGAGGAAUUGUGCAUCUUGAAGUACCUCUGCCAACUGUAUUGAGCACAUGUACAUUGUACUAUUCUGCAGACUUUUAUAUUUGUAACAUUCCAAUUUUCUACCAAAAUUGCAGGUUUAAUACUAUAUUGUUCAAUCUGCCAUAGCCUGGUGGCUCUUGCCAUCCAAAUUGGGGGAGUAUGCUUACACUUAAGAAAAAAGGAGAAAAUAUUUUAAAAUAUUUAAAUACUUGUCAUUUGCUGUUCCUAACUUUCUGAUUUCAGAAAGGCAAUUUGAACAUUCCUCUUGAGACUUUAUAAUGAAAGAGCUCUAUUUGUUAAUUUAUUUGCCUUUGCAAUGCACACACAGUUAUGAAUGCUAUUUUUCUAAACUCUAGGAAACAUCUGUUCUCAGAAUGUGCAGGAUUGUAUCCUGAGUUAUAUGGAGAGGUAUGCAAUUAAAUUUGCAAAGCUGUUGAUUCCGAAAAUAACCAUCUGAGUGCUAAUUGGCAUAGCUGUGUCUAAACUGAAAAAUUAUUUUGCAACUUAGACAUGCACGAGAGUUUUCAAGUACAGCCCAGUGUAGCAAUGUUUACAUAAAGUAAAGCUAUCAUUUCAAUACUACUUUUUUAAAAAAUGAAGUUCAUAUACUUUGAAACUUAAGGAUUCUCUCUUUGUUCUAAUUUAAUUUUUCAAAGUCUGUUAAGUAAAUUAUGUUUUAAAUCA